AUGGGGAGAUGGCUUACCACCACCAUCAAAGAUGAUGAAUGCGGCUUAUUUCAAUUUAUAGAAACAUGUCCCGGAAAUGCAGUUGUGGGUAACAUCCGCGAAGAAAAUGUUGAAACUGGUGAAAGUAGUUCUGCAGCAUUGCCUGAUGAUUUGAGAGAAUAUAACUUUAGAUCAUUACCUGGCGAAAAUUCUUCUCUUGGAUCAUCAGAUAAUGCAGCAAGUAAUUCAGAACUAUUUUUACAACAAGGAGAAGUAGAAAAACAGAUGGACAAAGAACGACAGAACAUGCAAGUUUAUUUUCAUCCUUUGAUCUUCCACAUCUGA